AUGGAGGAUGAUGAUGCUGGUGUUCACCGACUGGAAGGUUCCUCUGGCAACGUUCGUGGCGGAUUGAUUAUUAAGAAACAAAAAGAGGAAGGCAGCGAUAGCAAAUUCAUACUACCAAAGCCGUCUAUACUGGGUUUGGAUCGUUUAGCUGCUCAGCGACGUAAAGAACGAGAGGAGGCACAACGGUUAAUAUCCUUCAAAGAUAAUGAGAACGAUGAAGAUGAUGAACGUAAGGGUGGUGUUUCCGCUACAUCUAUUGGCGAUGAAUUUGCUUUCAAAAAGCCCGAUACCAGUAGCGUUCACAAAAUGAAUAGGCAACUGCGGGAACCUAAAGUAGAAACACCAUCACAUACGGGGGGUGUGUCAGAAGAGGCUCGGGAGCGUUUGCGUGAGCAUGUUAAGCGGGAUCGAGAGCGCACUACUAAAGGAGGAAUGCGCUAUUCCACUCGUGAGUACAGUAAAAAUGAUUCUAGAGAUCGUUCAUCUUCAAGCUCAUCUAGUCGUGAUCGCGAUCGAGAUCGAGAACGCCGACGCGAUAGAGACCGGUAUGCAUACAUACGUGAUAGGGAAAGAGAUAAGGAUCGUGAUAGGGACAGAAAUAGAGACAGAGAUCGCCAUGAUCGCAGUAAAAAUGAUUCUGAAAGAACUAAUCGUGGUGAUGCAACAUCCGUUCGUAGCGGCGAGCGCACACCAAGAUUUAAGGAUGAGCCUCAAACACCGAUGAACAUAUCUGUGAGUGGCAGUGCAUGGGAUGAUGAUGACACCGACCGACCUUCACAAUCAAAGAAAUCAUCCUGGGACUUUCCUACACCCAAAUCAUAUGCUAGUUCAGAUCGGCCCGAUUCGUCGACAAGAAGCAGCAAUACUAGCGGUAUUGGUACAAGUAGUUCACGUAGUCGUUCUCGUCACGAACGUGAAGAUGAUACACCGAGACCAACACCUGCCCAUAACUAUAAUGCAUGGGCCAACGACCGCAAACGAUCUGGUGCGACACCCGCAACUGGACGAAGCAAUCGCCAACCGUGGGGUGAAAGUGAAGAGGACCGUGAUCUAUGGGAAGAAGAGCAGCGCCGACUAGAUCGUGAAUGGUAUAAUAUUGAUGAAGGAUAUGAUGACGAAAAUAAUCCUUUCACAGGGGCCAAUGCGGAAUAUUUCAAAAAACGAGAAGAAAUAAUUGAACAAAAGCGGACCAAACGUAUUAGUGCACAACAACGGCAAAUUAACAAAGAUAACGAAUUAUGGGAGCGUAAUCGUAUGCUUACUUCCGGCGUUGUUAUGUCCAUCAACGUAAAUGAAGAUUUCGAUGAGGAAGCAUUGGAGCGCGUUCAUCUGUUGGUGCACCACAUUAUACCACCAUUCCUCGACGGGCGAAUCGUGUUCACUAAACAACCCGAACCGGUUAUACCCGUUAAAGAUCCCACCUCAGAUAUGGCAUUGAUUGCGCGCAAAGGCAGCGCUCUGGUACGUGUGUAUCGCGAGCAAAAAGAACGUCGAAAAGCGCAAAAGAAGCAUUGGGAAUUGAGUGGGACCAAAUUGGGUAAUAUCAUGGGUAUUGAAAAGAAGAUUGACGAAGAAGAUGCCAAAUUCGACAAGGAUACCGAUACAGCAGAUUAUCGAAAAGACCAGAAAUUCGCUGAACAUAUGCGCGAUCAAGAUUCUGGUGGGAUGAGUGAUUUUGCACGCAAAAAGACCAUUUUAGAGCAGCGUAGAUUUUUGCCUGUAUUCGCUGUGCGCCAAGAGCUGUUGAAUGUAAUCAGAGAGAACUCUGUAGUAAUUAUUGUUGGAGAAACAGGCAGCGGCAAAACAACGCAGUUGACUCAAUAUUUACAUGAAGAUGGUUACAGCAAUUUUGGCAUGAUAGGUUGUACACAGCCUCGUCGUGUCGCAGCCAUGUCUGUGGCGAAGCGUGUUUCCGAUGAAAUGGGUACUAAGUUGGGUGACGAAGUCGGUUAUGCUAUACGAUUCGAAGAUUGCACUUCCGAAAAGACUGUAAUCAAAUACAUGACUGAUGGUAUUUUAUUGCGUGAAAGUCUACGGGAUCCCGAUUUAGAUGGCUAUUCGGCCAUUAUAAUGGAUGAAGCGCAUGAACGUUCAUUAUCUACUGAUGUGCUUUUCGGAUUAUUACGUGAGAUUGUUGCUAGACGCCAUGAUCUCAAGUUGAUCGUCACUUCGGCCACAAUGGAUUCGACAAAGUUCGCCACAUUCUUUGGUAAUGUACCAACGUUUACAAUUCCUGGGCGUACAUUCCCCGUCGAUGUAAUGUUCAGUAAAAAUACCUGUGAGGACUAUGUUGAAUCAGCGGUUAAGCAGACUCUACAAGUGCACCUCACACCCAACGAAGGUGAUAUGUUACUAUUUAUGCCGGGCCAGGAAGAUAUCGAGGUAACAUGCGAAGUGCUUGCCGAGCGCUUAGCCGAAAUUGAUAAUGCGCCCGAGCUAUCUAUACUGCCAAUCUAUUCACAAUUACCCUCCGAUUUGCAAGCGAAAAUAUUCCAAAAAUCACCGGAGGGUUUACGCAAAUGUGUUGUGGCUACAAAUAUCGCCGAAACUUCGCUGACCGUUGAUGGCAUCAUAUAUGUUAUCGAUUCGGGUUAUUGUAAACUGAAAGUCUACAAUCCGCGUAUCGGUAUGGAUGCAUUGCAAAUUUAUCCUAUUUCACAGGCGAACGCCAAUCAGCGUUCGGGUCGAGCAGGGCGCACAGGACCCGGACAGGCUUUUCGUCUGUACACACAACGUCAAUACAAGGAGGAUUUACUGGCGUUGACAGUACCUGAGAUACAGCGUACUAAUCUAGCGAAUACAGUGUUGUUGCUGAAGUCGCUGGGUGUGGUGGAUUUGCUGCAAUUUCACUUUAUGGAUCCCCCACCUCAGGAUAAUAUACUCAACUCGUUGUAUCAGCUGUGGAUACUUGGUGCGCUGGAUCAUACUGGCGCACUAACGCCGCUCGGACGGCAGAUGGCUGAAUUUCCGCUUGAUCCACCGCAGUGCCAAAUGCUAAUUGUUUCCUGUCAAAUGGAGUGCAGCGCGGAGGUGCUUAUAAUUGUGUCCAUGCUUUCCGUUCCAUCCAUUUUCUAUCGGCCAAAGGGUCGCGAAGAGGAGGCAGACGGAGUGCGUGAGAAGUUUCAAGUGCCGGAAUCCGACCAUCUCACCUAUCUAAAUGUGUACCUGCAAUGGAAGCAAAAUAAUUAUAAUUCCAGUUGGUGCAACGAGCAUUUCAUACACGUUAAGGCAAUGCGCAAAGUACGCGAAGUACGUCAACAGCUCAAGGACAUCAUGGUACAGCAAAAACUUAAUGUAAAAUCAUGUGGCACUGAUUGGGAUAUUGUGCGCAAAUGCAUUUGUUCGGCAUACUUUUAUCAGGCAGCGCGUCUCAAAGGCAUCGGCGAAUAUGUUAACUUGCGUACGGGCAUGCCUUGUCAUCUGCAUCCCACCUCAGCGUUGUAUGGUCUUGGCACAACACCCGACUAUGUUGUGUAUCAUGAGCUUGUAAUGACCGCUAAGGAGUAUAUGCAAUGUGCUACCGCUGUCGAUGGUUAUUGGCUGGCGGAGCUGGGUCCUAUGUUUUUCUCUGUUAAGGAGACUGGUCGCAGUGGGCGUGAGAAAAAGAAGCAGGCUGCUGAGCAUUUAAAAGAAAUGGAAACUCAAAUGCUAUUGGCGCAGGAGCAAAUGGAGGAGCGCAAAAUGCAGGCGGCGCAACGCGAGGAGCAAAUGACGCCGAAACAAGAAAUUAUAACGCCUGGCGAUGCCACGCCUAGACGUACUCCGGCGCGCAUUGGUUUAUAAUUGCAGCCUUUCAUUCACAUAUUUAAUGCAAUUAAGUACAUGCAUACUUUAUGAAAGUAAAGUUUUAGACCAGUUUAAUAAUCUGUAUUUAUACCAGUAUCUAAUGGAAAUAAAGUGAACUACGUAAAUGUGUUAAA